AGUUUUGUGGUUAUAGGAGUGGGGGGAAUGAAUAUUAACGUUUAGGGAGUGGGAGUGGAGUUUUAUUUCGUUAAUAUUACUCCUGCUGCGACGACGGUUUGAUUCUCUCGCGCUCCCGUUGCUUCUCGUUUCCCUGAAUACCUUUCCAGCGUGUUCAGGGUUAUAAGGGAUUCAAGAAAAGAUGUGCUAGCCCUGCUUUUCUGUUAGUUUGGUAUCCAAAGCUUAAGCGAUGAGUCCAGCAAAUGAAUUUUACCCGUAAAGCAUUCACAAUGUCAUCGCCUUCAGAAAACUAAUUUUUCAGGGGACUUGGUGAGCAAGAACUGCCCCCCGUGGAAUGCACUGCUGCCAUUCUCAUCUGAAUGAGAUUGUUCAAAAUGGCUGUAGCCAUUGACCAACAACAUCAUGGAUUUAAGCCAUUUAGCCGAUCCCAGAGAUGCAAACUCCAAUCCUUUGGUCACCUCGAUCACAACAUUCUCGAGCUUAGCCACACUAGUUUUUCCCACUCCAUUGAACUAGCAUUCGAAUCCGACAACAUUCACCGCAGUUUCUCCACUCCAUGCCUGGGACUCACCACACUAUCAAGUGAGGACCUCACUUCUCAUCAUCCUCCUCCAAGGAUUGAGAUAGUUCGCGGAAGUGGAGCUCCAGUACAUGCUCUAGUUGCUGAGGUUGCCAUAGCCAUGGCCUCUGGUGUUAAACCUGUUCCACUCCCAAGUGGACUAGGCGGUGCCUAUGUUUUCAAGAACAAAAGUGGCACCAACAUUGCUGUAGCAAAGCCAGUAGAUGAAGAACCAGCAGCCCUGAACAACCCAAACAGCUUAAUGGGUCAAAUGCUGGGGCAACAAGGGUGGAAGCAUUCAAUUAGAGUAGGUGAAACUGGAAUCAGAGAACUAGCUGCUUAUCUUCUUGAUCAUGGAGGAUUUGCUGGUGUGCCUCCAACCGCUUUAGUAAAAUUCUCUCAUGCUGAAUUCUCUGCUGCUACUGACAAUGCUUCUGCAGAAGCAGCCACAGUACCUAAACUUGCCUCACUCCAACGCUUUAUUGGCCAUGGUUUUGAUGCAGGAGAGUUAGGCCCUUCUUUCUUCUCAGUUGAUUCAGUCCACCAGAUUGGAAUUUUGGACAUUAGGCUCUUGAAUCUUGACAGACAUGCUGGUAACAUGCUUGUGAUGAAACAUGACCACAAAAGCUAUGCUAGUGGAGUUGCACUUGCUGACCUUGUUCCAAUUGACCAUGGUUUUUCCCUCCCAGAGUGGCUGGAUGAUCCAUAUUUCGAGUGGCUGCACUGGCCACAAGCCUCAGUUCCUUUCUCAGAAUCUGAACUCGAAUACAUUUCGAAGCUUGAUCCUUUCAAAGACGCUGAAAUCCUGAGGACUGAGGUCCCUUCUUUGAGGGAGUCCUCCGUUCGUGUUCUUAUCAUCUGCACCAUUUUCUUGAAGCAAGCUACUGCGGCCGGCCUUUGUCUGGCCCAAAUAGGCCAGAUGAUGACCAGGGGGUUUUGUGGCGAUGAAGAGACAACAAGUGAACUUGAAAAGAUUAGUUUGCAAGUCAAGGCUAGUAGCACCCCUCAUGUUUCAAGCAAUGAGGAUAAUAGCAAGGAAGGAACUGAAGGAGAGGAGGCCAAAUCUGGAGUUUCUUUUGGAGACCUUAACCAAGGAGAAUGGGAAUCGUUCUUGGAGAGUUUUAACAAGUUUGUGCCUGAAGUUUUUGAGGAUAAGAAGUGCAAGAAUCGUUGAAGAAGCAAGAGUUGGAACAUCAAGGAAGUUGAUGAUUGAAUGUUAGGAAGAUAGGUAACCAAAGCCAGAGAUGAAUCACUGUCGCUUGUAAUUGUACAUUAAUAUGCCAAAAGAUCAUUCCUAGUGUAGGUUGUAGAUAUGAAUGUCACAUAUGACAAGGAUGGAAUAGUGAUUGGUGAGCUUCUAAUGCCAUCCAUUCCAUUCCUCAACUUUGUUUUUGUUCUUUUUACCUCUCUGUCAAAAUAUAUAGGGUUGUACAAUAUAUCUAAGUGGGUUUUUACUUGUGAUUAUGUAAGUUUUUGUUUUGGUGAUUCCAUUUGUAAUGGGAUGCAUUUUCUUUCCAUUGUACCAAAGAGUAUUUGCAAAGGAAUGCAUUGUAAUAUCAUAAUUAUUCUCA